GCCCCCGGCGCUGCCAAUAGGGUCGGUACAAAGUGACCUUGGCGCCGCAGCCCGCCCCCUUCCGCCGCGCCGCAUCCGGGCGCUCCCCGCUGCCCCCGCCGCGCCUGCGCCGAGACGUCCCAGCCCCUCGGCUCUGAGCUGCGGCAGCCGGAGCGGAGACACCGGAUUGUGGCCCCCGGGACGCCGCCCGCUAAGAUGUUCGCUUGCGCCAAGCUCGCUACCUCGCCCUCCCUGAUCCGUGCUGGAUCAAGAGUCUUGUACAGACCGAUUUCGUCAUCUGUGUUGUCUAGGCCAGAGGUCAAGAAUGGAGAGGGCAACUCAGCACUUAAUGGGGCCCAAAAUACUGUCUCCCGGCUAGCACUUAGAGAAUUCCAGACUAGUGCUAUCAGCAGGGACAUUGAUACUGCUGCCAAAUUUAUUGGUGCUGGUGCUGCCACAGUAGGUGUGGCUGGUUCUGGUGCUGGUAUUGGAACAGUCUUCGGUAGUCUAAUCAUUGGUUAUGCCAGAAAUCCUUCUCUGAAGCAGCAGCUGUUCUCAUAUGCUAUCCUGGGAUUCGCCCUGUCUGAAGCUAUGGGUCUCUUCUGUCUGAUGGUUGCUUUCUUGAUCCUAUUUGCCAUGUGAAAGGAGGCCUGCCUGUAAUACUGGCAUUGGAAUGUAACUGCAUUUUAUGGGACUCCCAAAAUGUUGGUGUUAUGGAAAUCGAUGCUCUUUCCAAAGUCAUUUCAUUAAAGAUAACAACUUUAACUGUCAA